GGGAGGAAAAUUCCUAAAUAUUCAAUGUCUUGAGUCUUGAGUCUUGACCGUCACCACACUAAUUUCCUCUGCACGAAAAUCAAAACACGCUGACGUCAUCUUGGAUAUAUUCCCUCACUCUGCAAAAACCUCUCCAGAACCCCCUUUUUCUUUCUUUCCCUCUAGUUCUUCCCUGAUGACACGCAUCGAGGAGUUGCAAAGGGGGAUCGAGGCGGAGGCGACGGCAGAUUUCACGGCCUUGUUUUGCGAUGGGGAGGUUGUCGAUUCGGGAGGAGAUGUGACUAAGAGUCCUGGCAGUAAGCGGAAGAAGAAGAGGAAACGACAAGAUGGGGCAGAGGAAGGCAAGUCGGAAGUUCUGCAAGACCCAUUGGAGGUUUUUGGCUCAGACAUGAUGAUGAUGAUACUGAGCUACCUUGACGCACCCAGCGUGGCACUAUCACUCCUUGUCUCCCGUGGAUGGCACGGAGUCGCAUCCAGCGAUAGGCUAUGGAGCACCAAGUGUGAGGAACUGUGGUGUGGAAAAGCACAUAUACCUCGUGUGUCACAAGAACGGGGAUUAUCAAAGCUAGCUGCAUAUUCAUUUUCUGUCAUGGAUGGAAAACGGAGCCGCAUCACCAAGGACGAUCUGUGUGAUCACGUUUGGAACUUCCACUUUAACAGGGGGGCUCCAGACUAUUGGCGAAAUCUUGAUCCUUACUGGAAGGGAACCGGCCCUCCCAUGCGUCGAUACUUCCAUCCAGAUGGGAGCCAAACUGCAGAUCCUGGUGACCAGGUAUGGGGUGGUCAUGAAUGCUGUUACUCUAUCGUUACCAGUUUUGUUGGUGGAGGAAAGAUCAGGGAACACUAUGUGAGGAUAAACCGAUGGCCCCAAAUGUCCGUGUUCAGGAAGCCAGACUGGAGCUGGGAAAUGUCCAACCACCUGUAUUGUUACUCUAGCAUCCCUGAUGCAGAUAAGGAAGGUGGGACUGGACCACGGUUCCCAGUUUUGAGUAUGUUUUUUUGAGAUAUGCAUAUAGCAACCAGCAAAGUUUGUUAUAUGGAUGUGUAAAUAUGCUGUGGCUUUGAAUAAGACGAUGUACCUACUAUGGACAUAGUCGUUUGCCUAAUAUGUUUUGUACAGACCAAAUAAACUAGGGUGAUGUAAAUUUCUCUUCUGCUGA